CAGCUACGGAACACACCACUCUAUGGCUUCCACGUCCAGAAUGGCGCCAAGAUGGUGCCCUUUGCAGGCUAUUCCAUGCCCCUCUCCUACGGAAACAUCGGAGCGGUGGCUAGCCAUCACCAUGUCCGCAGCUCCGUAGGCCUCUUUGAUGUAGGACACAUGGUCCAGAGCAUCUUCCGCGGCGCGACCGCCACCGCAUUCCUCGAAUGGCUCACGCCCUCCUCCCUCUCCGCGCUCGAACCCUACUCGUCCACGCUGUCCGUCAUCCUCAACGAGAAAGGCGGCAUCAUCGACGACACCGUCGUGACCAAGCACGCGGAGGACGCGUUCUACGUCGUCACGAAUGCGGGUCGGCGGGACCGGGACCUCGCUUGGUUCAAGGAAAGGCUGGAGGAGUGGAACGCCAGUGAGCGAGCAAAAACAGGCAAGGUCGAGCACGAGGUGCUCGACGGCUGGGGACUGUUGGCGCUGCAAGGCCCAGAGGCCGCGCAGUACCUGCAGGCUCUAACGUCCUUCGACCUCCGCGCCUUGACCUUUGGCAAGUCUGCAUUCCUCCCGAUCGAAGGCUUCAACCUGCACGUCGCACGCGGCGGCUACACCGGCGAAGACGGGUUCGAGAUCUCCAUCCCGCCCUCCGAGACGGUCGAGGUCGCGCAGCUGCUCUCCAAGGCGCCCGUCCAGCUCACGGGCCUCGGCGCGCGCGACAGUCUGCGCCUCGAGGCGGGCAUGUGUCUCUACGGGAACGACCUCGACGAGGACACCUCCCCCGUCGAGGCCGGCCUCACCUGGGUAAUCGGCAAGGACAGGCGCGAGAACGGCGAGUUCAUUGGCGCGGAGGGCGUCAGGAAGCACUUGAAGGAAGGCCCGCCCCGGAGGCGCGUAGGCAUGUUCGUCGAGGGCGCGCCUGCGAGACAGGGCGCGAAGAUCUUCGCCCCCAACGGCGGCGAGCAGCUCGGCGUCGUCACCUCGGGCAUCCCCUCCCCGACGCUCGGCAAGAACGUCGCGAUGGGCUAUGUCAAGUCCGGCUGGCACAAGAAGGGCACCGAGCUCGAGGUCGACGUCCGGAAUAAGCUCCGCAAGGCGACCCUCACGCCGAUGCCGUUUGUGAAGACGAGCUAUUGGCGGGGCGAGUGA